AUGUCCGAAUUUAAACGGCCGUCAUUCGGCCAGAUCGUCCCUAUUGGGACUCUUUACGAUGCCCGAGUCGACAAGUUCUUGGAGGCAUCCAUACUGCCAGCCAACCCACCACCAGAGGCUAUAACGAUAAUCCAAAACCCGUCUGGAGAGUUUUCCACGAAAUAUGCUUUUCGACCCAACCAUACCUCUAGAUUCAUGGCAAUGAAUAUCGACAAUAACCUUGCAGCGAGCGUCAUCUCUGGUUUGAUUGAACCUAGAGGACCUGCCGCUUACUUGAAUGAGGGAAAUUCAGCCCAGGACAGACUUUGCCGUAUUAUUUACCAUACCAGGCUCGGUUAUACAGAGAGUUUGAAUCUGGGUAGUGAUUACUACAAAGGUCUAGCCCUUCAGUUACCAAGGCUUCGUGGUAGUUCUCAUGUCGUGAUUCAAGCCCAAUGGGGACUCCAAAGCGUCAUGGUUGUCAGGCAUCCCAUCAAGAAUGAAAAGGAGCGAGCUUCAAUCAAGAAAUCGUUCAACGACGACCUGAACGAGUUUGUAGAAAUUCUCCAUUCCUCUACAAGUACGGAUUUAGACUGCGACUCUUUGAGCAGCCGACUUGGGCUCAUAGAUUAUGAGCUGAUGUUAUAUACCGACGUCCACGGCGAAGAAGGUAUUCGCCAUAAAACCAUGUCUUCUAUGCUGAAAUUCAUGCGACUUGGCCCAGAGCAUAUUCGGGCCCAUGAUGACGGUAGAGGUUAUCUCAUCUCCUACACCCUCAUCCCUACUAGUGUGCUAUAUGAUCCUCCAUCAUACGGCACUAUCGUGCCCAACCCGUUUGAUCUAGGCAUAGCUUCCAAGGACGUUGUUCUUUUUAUGCUACUUUUUGAUGGCUUUAAUGAUGGCAAGCAAAAGCUCGAAACCUAUCGACAUUUUCUUCAGAGCAAGAAACCAUACAUUCCGAAACAUCAUAUCGAGGACGUCGAAGCUGCCAUGUCAAAGCUUUGCUUAGCACGGGAUGCUGUCAGAAAAAUGCUCAGGAAGAUACUGGUCGGCGUCAAAGAAAAGACUAUGCAUUAUAGGCGCCUCAAAGAACUGCACACUCAUAUUAACGAUUCAGAAUACUCACCAGGGAAAUUUUCUACAAUUGCUGGACAGGCCAGUGGCAAAAUCAGCUUUAUUGACGAAUGUAUGAAUCUGGGUGCUACAUACAUUGGCUUCAACGAUCUAUCUCUACCGAGCAUUACCGAUCCUCACAGCGACCCUCUCACUUAUUUUUUCUUAUUCAGUAACGCCAUGCUGAAAGACUCCCCCUCAUGGCACGAUCAACGUACACUCCUCCGGAACUUUUUAAAGAAGCCCGACAGGCCUAACCAAGUUUACAUCGUGGACUGUGAAGCACUAUCUCAGUAUCGCCACAUGGAAUGUCCGUAUUUCGGUACAUAUCAAGGACUUCCUACAAACGCUACUGGGGGGCGGAAAUUCCAGAAGACAUCCAGUAAUCGACAGCCAAUCGCAGAGGAGCCAGUCAGUCAGAGAAACUCAAAUUCUUGUAUUGCUCUUUGCGACCAAGACUUCAUGGAUGUCUCUGGUGCACAACGCAACACCCAGCAUUGCCCAGUCAAGAUACCAUGUCCUGGACCCUACUGUGACGGUCGCGUGAGACAAGAAUGGCUGUGUGGCGAUUGCUAUAUGCCUAUAGAGUUUCAGACCUCAGGCGAUUACAUAUGCUGUCACUGCGGAAGAGGCAUUUAUUCGGCAUGGACCUUCAGAUGUAACAGUGAGCAUCACGGGGAAGGAUAUGACUGCUAUCCCUUGGACGAUCUCCAUCGGGUUUUGAAGCAGCCAAACCAGCCUGACUGUCGCAACAUUCUGAUUUUGGGUGAGACUGGCGUUGGCAAGUCAACUCUCAUCAAUUCUUUUGUCAACUACUUCACAUUUGAGAGCUUUGAUGAAGCAAAAGCAGCCAGUAAGAUCAAGUUACAAUACGUCGUUCCUUGUUCUUUUUCGAUCAGUUGCAGGAGACCAUCCGAUCCCUACGGACCACGUGAGAAACAAAAGAUCACGAUUGGAUCAUGGAAUAAUGGUCACGAACGAGAUGGUACCGAGGGCGAUUCCGCAACACAGAAAGCAUCGGUAUACAGAAUGGCUCAGGGUACCACAACAUAUCGUCUGAUCGACACACCAGGUAUGGGCGACACGCGAGGUCCUGAACAAGAUAGAAAGAACAUGCGAGAUAUCCUUGAGUCAUUGAGUGGUUUCAAAGAUCUCCACUGUAUACUGAUCCUACUCAAAACCGAUCAAGCUCGUAUAACAGCCACUUUCGAGUUCUGCUUCGAAGAACUGUUAUCAUACUUUCAUCGCAGUGCAGCAGACAACAUCUUUUUUGGUUUCACUCAUGCGAGCAAAUCUGAUUAUGCUCCAGGGGAGAGCUUCCGUCCACUCGAGUGUCUGCUGAAGAAACAUACCGAUGAUAGCUUAAGUCUAAGUCGCGAAACAGCAUAUUCGUUCGACGCGGAAAACUUUCGUCAUCUGGCUGCAUAUAAUAAAGGUUCCAUCUAUGGGAUAGAAAGCAAUUGCCGCGAGAGCUGGGACUCUUCGAAGGCCGAGACAAUGAGACUCCUUGAACAUAUUGACCGCCUAAAGCCACACGACAUCAGUCAAACUUUUGGCAUGAACGAAGCACGUCGAGCUAUACGUCAAUUGAUGAUACCCAUGGUAGAUAUUUCGCAAGAGAUCAAGAAGAAUAUGCAUUCUCUAGACGAUCAGGUGAAAGCCCUCGAAGAUAGGCGGCUCACUGGCGAUAAACUGCGGAGCAAACUGCACCUCGAAAGGAUCAAGUUGGAUCCCGAGAGGCUCGACAAGCCCCGUACGGUUUGCGCAAGCAAAGAAUGCUGUGACUACAAAAGCAACCUGAACGGUGAGGUCAUCACUAUCUACAAGCAAGUUUGUCACGCAGACUGUAAGCUUCGAAAUGUCACCAGCGACAGAUUGGGUGCCCCAGAGCUAAUAUCAUGCCGGCCUUUCAAAGAAAGCCGUGACGGUUUAUGCAAAGAGUGCGGGCAUCAUUGGAGGGAACACAUGCACCAUUAUUACGAUCUCAAAGAGGUAAAGGUAAAGGUCAAGGACAAGGAGAUCGAGCGUCAACUCCUAGAGAACAUGAGCGACGUCACAUUACGUAAAGAAGGGAUAGAGCGAUUCCAGCGAACUCAACAGGAGUACAGAAACGAACACGAGCAGGUGCAAAAGGCCGCAGCACGCUUCGUCGCGUACCUCAAGGACAAUGCCAUCAUACUCACCAACGAUGCGACUGAAGCCUACUACGACCAGCUCAUCAAGCUCGAAGAAACCAACAUCCAAAAAGGGAAAGAAAUGAAGAUUGGUGUGGAAGGUAAUAAGGCGAAGCUCAAAAGUCUGAACCAAGACAAAAGCGAGUAUCUUGAGCUUGUGGAUACAAUCAGGAAUAGCAUGCACAUCUCGUACAAGUCAAAGAAGCAGCUGCGCACCCAAGAAGACAUUGAGGAUGAGAUUAACAAAUUAUUCAACCUCAAGCAUUUCGGCAGUAGCUUUCGGAACUUGGAAGAUGUCAUUAUAUCUUCCAAACCCAAGGCUCUUCGUAAGCAGCCAAGCCAUCGCCGGAGGAACAGUUCGUUCAAAACCGAGCCCAAGGGUGUCAGAUUUGACGAAGAUGUGGGACAGGCAUGA